AUGACCAAGACCCAGUACCUCCUGUCAGUGGAUAUUGGCACCACCUCGACGCGUGCCAUCGUCUUCAAUGAAGCUGCCGACGCCGUCGCCACUCACCAGAUCGAGUACGACCAGAUCUACCCCCACCCUGGCUGGCAUGAGCAGCGUCUCGAGGACCUGAUUGGUACCGUUUACACAUGCCUCGACGGCGUGGCCGCGGCUAUCGUCUCCAAGGGAAUCAAACUGGACCAGAUCCCCGCCCUCGGCAUCACCAACCAGCGCGAGACGACCUGCGUUUGGUCCAAGUCGACUGGCAAGCCCCUUUACAAUGCCAUUGCCUGGCCCGACACCCGCAACACCAUCACCGUCAAGCAGCUCGCUCUCAAGUCGGAGAAUGGUGUUGACGCCGUCAAGGACAAGACUGGCCUCCCCCUAUCUACCUACUUUUCUGGUACCAAGCUGCGUUGGAUGCUCGACAAUGUCCCCGAAGUCAAGGCGGCACACGAUUCCGGCGACCUCCUCUUCGGUACUGUCGAAACCUGGGUUCUCUGGAAUCUUACCGGCGGCAUCAACGGCGGUGUCCAUCUCACUGACGUCACCAACGCUUCUCGCACCAUGCUCAUGAACCUUCGUACUACGCAGUGGGACAAGGACUGCCUCGAAUUCUUUGGCAUCGACGCUAGCGCACUCCCCAAGAUUGUGUCCAACGCAGAGGUUUACGGCAAGGUCAACCGCGGUGCUUUGGCUGGUUUGCCCAUUGCCGGCAUCAUUGGUGACCAGCAGGCAGCUCUUGUCGGUAACAAGUGCAUCGAGGUUGGGUCCGCCAAGAACACGUAUGGAACCGGUGCGUUCAUGCUCUUCAACACGGGUGAGGAGGUUGUCCCCUCCAACUACGGCCUCCUCACCACUGUGGGCUUCCAGGCCGGUCCCAACGCCAAGCCCAUCUACGCGCUUGAGGGAUCCAUCGCUGUCGCCGGUUCGUCCAUCAAGUGGCUACGCGACCAGCUCGAGCUCGUCAAAAGCGCCCCCGAGGUCGACCAGCUCGCCGCCAAGGUCAAGGACACUGGUGGCGUCUACUUUGUGCCUGCAUUCUCGGGCCUCUUCGCCCCGUACUGGGACGACACUGCCGCUGGUACCAUUGUCGGCAUGUCCGCCUACACCAACAAGGCGCACAUUUGCCGGGCCACCAUCGAGGCUACCUGCUUCCAGACCCGUGCCAUUCUCGAGGCCAUGGCCAAGGACUCGAAAAAGGAGCUUUCAGUGCUUCGCGUCGACGGUGGUAUGACCAACUCGGACAUCGCCAUGCAGAUCCAAGCCGAUAUUCUCGGUAUCGAUGUCGAGCGUCCGGUCAUGCGCGAGUCGACUGCGCUGGGAUCGGCUGUCUGCGCCGCCGUCGCCCUUGGCCUUUUCGGCUGGGACUUGUCCAAGCCUGAGACGCUCAAGAAUGUCAACAUUGCUGGCAAGACCACCUUUUCGGCACAGAACAACGAGGCCGACCGCGCUUGGAGAGUGCGUGGAUGGGAGAAGGCCGUGCAGCGUUCGCGCGGAUGGAAGGACGACACUCUCCCUCCUCCCCGCGUCGAGGGCGCCUUCGAGGCGGAUGAGGUCGUUGUCAACGGCAAUUAG